UUUGUAUUUCCUUUAAUCUUUCUUUGUACCUAUCUGCGUCAAGAGGGAAUUUUCCUUGAGUUAUUUUAAGACAGAAAUAUGGCGGGUUCUUCACCAUGUGCAUCCUGCAAACUACUAAGGCGCCGGUGUGCCAAAGACUGCAUCUUUGCCCCUUACUUCCCUUCUGAUGAUCCCCAUAAGUUUGCCAUUGUUCACAAGAUUUUUGGUGCAAGUAAUGUCAGCAAAAUGUUGCAGGAGAUUCCAAUUCAUCAAAGAGCAGAUGCUGUGGGUAGUCUAGUUUAUGAAGCGAAUGCAAGAGUGCGAGACCCCGUCUAUGGAUGUGUUGGUGCAAUAUCUUACUUACAAAAUCAAGUAUCACAGUUACAAAUGCAACUUGCAGUAGCUCAAGCAGAGAUACUAUGCAUCCAGAUGCAACAAGAGCCUAACUUACCAACCCAGCUAGAUCAAGAUGACAAGUCGCUUCUUUUAGCCAGCUGCAAUAACUUCAACAGCAUUCCUCAGUAUUUUAACUUUGCCUCUUCAAGCAAUGUAAUCCAAGACCCUCUUAAGAGAGAGUCUCUUUGGACCUAGGUACUCAAUCAUGUUUGUUGUUAAUGAAGUACCCUAUCGUUUCAAGGUUCUCUCUAGCCAAUUAAUUUCGUGUUGAAUAUUGGCCUAGCUAGCUUUCUGGUGCUAGCAAUGUAUUUCUCAUGGAAACAGAUGCAUGAUUGCGUAUAAA